AUGAUCGGGAUCUUACUGAGUGGUAUUUCAGUGAAUGGGCAGAUGAUCACUACAUCAUGCACACCCUCCAUGAUCUCUAGCGUCACUCCAUGUCUAAAUUUUAUAACAGGGAGUAGCAGCAAUGGGUCUUCUUCUCCAUCUUCAAGCUGUUGCAGCUCAUUAAGCACUCUCUUGACAACUGGUAGGGACUGUACUUGUCUCAUUAUCACUGCCAAUGUCCCUCUUCAGCUUCCCAUUAAUAGAACCCUGGCUCUCUCUCUCCCCCAAGCUUGUAAUAUGGGAUCUCUGCCAUUGCAGUGCCAAGCCUCUGCAACUCCUCUACCAGCACCAGGUACCACAAUUGUUUUGACAUUUUGCUAACAAUCCCUAGAACCUUGUUCUAGGUUACUCAAAUUUAUCAAACUAGAACCCUAGAUUUCGAGCACUACCACCUAUCCUUAUC